CUGCAGACAACACCAUGAGCAGAUCCCUCAUCCUGAUCCUUUUGCUGGCUCUCACCGGCCUGGAGGUCCUACAGGCUCGCUCUCUGCCAGACAGGCCACACAGGAGGUACAUAAGGAGACGUGUGUCACCCACAAAUCCGGAUGUGGAAAUUGUAGAAGUCAAGGAUGUAUAUCUCAUCCAGCGACCCAAGAAAGUGGUCACCACCAUAGACGAGGAUGAGAUGGACUGGCGCAUACGCUGUGACUUUAAUCCAAGUCUCGAUGAGUGCAAAGGUUUAGUCAAAAAAACAGUUCCAGCAACAAAAACUACUACAACUACACUGAGACCCAGAACCACUACCACCACUCCCAAGCCAAUUUUAGAUGAUUGUGAAUUUAAUCCCACUCUUGAAAAAUGUGCUCCUUCAACCACAACAACUUCAACAACAACUUCAACAACAGAUUCAACAACGACUUCAACAACAACUUCAACAACGGAAAUGCCUGAGCCUGAUUAUGAAGCCACACCAAAUCCAGAGGAUGAUAUCGAACUGGCAGAGGAUACUGGUGACGAUGAUUUCGAUACUGAAAUAGAUUAUACCGAUGAUACUGACGAUGAUGAUACCGAUAUUAACAAUGAGGAAGAAACUAGAUCCAUUGGCUACAAUGAUCCGUCCGAUUGGAAUUAA